CAGCUUGCUGUCAAAGUAAUUCGAGAGCUUCCUUUGCUUUUCUUCCCAAUAAUUCCCUCGCCCAAGCCAAGGGAUUACAGAAAAGUUGGUAAACGAUAUUAAACUCUCAAAAUAUCGAAGACAAGUGCUUGUUGUUAAUAUAAGGCAGCUUCCCUAGUGAAAAAGGCAAAAAUCUGCACAGAUUUUGUAUAAGUAGUAGAACAAACAAAGCAAACAGCCGAAGUUCAGCUUUGUGUUCAGCGCAUCUGCUAAGAAAUAAUGCUGGGUAACAAUAGAAGGGACAGGUCGCCCUUGCGGAGCGACACUGUCGGCCGCCGACGCGAAAUAAAGAAUCAAGAACCUACGAAAUCUGGCGAUGAUGUGAACAAUGUUAUGAAUCCCAUGAUGAUGACUAAUAUGUAUCCACAAGCAAACAUGAUGAUGGCUGGUGGAAUGUACCCAAACAUGAUGAUGCAGGGAGCUAUGAUGGGUGGGGGCAUGAUGCCUACUCCAGGUAUGGAUAUGAUGUCUGGAACAGGUAUGGACAUGGUCCCUCAACCAACUAUGGAUAUGUCAGCUAUGGGCGGACAGGGUAUGGCACCUGCCGCACCUCCUGCUAUGGACAUGGGCAUGAUGGGUGGCAUGAUGAUGGACCCCUCCAUGAUGGGAAUGUAUCCUGGCAUGACUGGAGAUAUGUCAACUAUGCAAGACAAAAAAGAAAUCCUUUUUAAACAUGCUCGGCUCAUUCCUCCUGAUUCUAAUGCACCUAGACCUCUAAGAAGGUCUAAACCUCCUGGAUGCCGAACAAUAUUUGUAGGUGGAUUACCAGACAAGAUAACAGAAAGAAUUGUGAGAGAGAUUUUUGAGACUUAUGGCAGAAUACACACACUAAGAUUGUCUAAGAAAAACUUUUGUCAUAUUCGUUUUGAUAGAGAGGAGUGUGUAGAUCAAGCUAUGUUGAUAUCUGGAUACUGCAUUAAGCUAAUUAAUUUGAAAGAUAAAGAUGAUAUGAAUGAGGAUGAUGAUGAUGAAAAUUCACAUUCCACUACUGGCUGGUUGCAUGUAGACUAUGCAUUGAGCCGUGAUGAUCAAAAUGACUUUGAGCGCCGACAAAGACAAGCUCUACGAGCUCAGCAAGUACAGAUGCAGCAUUUGAAUGCUCAACAAGAAAUGGCGAGCCGCAGUAUAAGUUCAUAUGGUUCAGAUACACGUAGAAGAACACCAUCACCAUCCAGAAUACAACCAUACUCAAAUGCAGCUAUGGUUCAAUUGGCAGAAAAACUCAAAAAUGAAGAACAUUUUUCAACAACUCUACCGACAUUGCUAGCUUGGUUAGAGAGAGGAGAAUGCACAAAAAAGAAUGCAAAUCAAUUUUAUUCCAUGAUACAAGCUACAAACGCACAUAUACGCAGGUUGUAUAAUGAAAAAAUGCAGGCUGAAGAAGAGUUACUAGAUUGCAAGGAACGUGUCAAGAAUCACAUAGCUACUGUGAUUGAACAACUCGAACAGGUGGCGAAAGUGUUUGCCGCGUCGUCCCAUCAACGUGUAUGGGAUCACUUCACCAAACCGCAGAGAAAGAACAUCGAGACGUGGCAGAAAAUGACACAGGAGUUUAAUUCACUGAAGGAAGAAUUCAAUGAGAAGUUCUUUAGCGAGGAUGGAGAGUUUAAUGGUUUCAGUAGGUCAUCAGAACAUGGUAAUGAAGAUAUUCAACAAUUAAAGCGUGAGAAUGAGAGCCUGCAAUUUCAAUUGGAAGCAUAUAAAAACGAGGUUGAUGUUAUUAAGGCUGAUUCUAUGAAAGAGAUGGAAAAGUUUAAGGCCCAGUUCAUAGCGCGGCAAGCUUUGCAGGGAGCUAUGGACAAAAAUCCGCCAUUGCCGUCGCCGAUAGUGAAGCCACCUCCGCCGCCGCCGUUGCCCGAGGAUCUGGACUCGGCUGUGCAUCUCAAAGAGGCUGUCGAGGCUGGCUGUGGGGAAGCCAAACUUAUUGGAGUCAUGUCCGCUUUCUUACAAGUACAUCCACAAGGGGCCAGUCUGGACUACGUGGUGUCGUAUGUCCGCGCCAUAUUCCCGCACGUCUCCCAGGCUACAAUACACCAUGUUCUACAAAAACACACUGAUGUUUUCGAACGAACCACAAGCGGCGUUGGCGCCAAUAUUGAACAUCGUUGGUCAUUCAUUGCGUUCAAUAAAGAAGAAAAGGCUUCCACUUAACUAAACAUAGAGAGAUGAACUCUCUGCAUAUCAUAGUAGUUAUCUGCGUUCAAGAUAAAAUUGAAGCAAGAACCAAUAAUACUUCGUCAUGUACAAAUUGAUGUCUGAAUGUUUAGCUUGUAAUGACUAGACAUUGGGUUAUAAGCAUGUGCUUAUACAUAUCACUUUAAUUUUGCUGCAUUAUUGCAUAUUUUUUUAUAAAUCGUGCAUGAGUUAAAUAUGUCAGUCUUGUAUUUUGUGGGAAUGGUGUAAAACUAAACCCUGAUAUAUUUAUAAAAGUAAAAAAUACGUUUUUUUGGGAAUAAAGAAUGGGGUAUUUAUUAAAAACGACAUGAAGUCGUGAAAGCCAAAUCUCUGUAGAAGAAAUGUUGAGAAAAUAAAUCUAAAUUCAGAUUAUAACAAAGCUUUCUUAUAAUCCGUUGUCUAGGUGAUCCCCAGGCAAUUUUAAGCAAUCAAAAUUGGUAAAGAGAUACCUAACCAUUUUAGACUGCAGACUUUAUUCAUUAUAUAAUUUCAAACCAUUCAAAUGUUUAUUUUUCCAACAUAUGAUUAGUAAAAGUUAGAUGAUCAAUUAGAUUUUAAGUUCUAAAUAUAGAUUAUUAUUAAGACCUGCGUAAGGAGGCAUUUAUGUGUGAUACAUAAAAAACUUAAAACAAAUUUCUUUUACAAUAGAUGGAGGAGAAGGUAAUUAAAUUCCAAGGGAUAGGUAGCCAACUUAGUAUACUCUUUGUUAUUCUUUAUGGAUGGGACUAUUGUAAUGAUGCUAAAAUUGUAGCUUGUAAGGCAAACAAAAUAAACCUAAAUCCAUGAUUUGUCAAGAUGACAGAUCAAAAUAAUAUAGCCUGUUGAGUCAAAAUAUUAUUAACAUGUAUGAUAACAAGUUGCUGUUAAAGACUGGAAAAUGUAUGUGUCUUAUUAUAUUCAAAUAAAAUAUUAACUAUCCACAACUUAGUAUGGUUUAACUACCCAACAAUAAAAACUUAUACAUAAUACCAUUGUUAUGCUGUGAUUACAUUUUGAUGCAUCUGGCCCUUUAAA